AUAUUUUAAAUCUAUAUAUUUCAGCUUGUUAGUGAAAAAUUAAUAUUUUCUGGUAUUUGUUGCUACACAUUUAAUGUUGGUUAGUUUUUUCCUUUAAAAGAUUUAUCUAAUCAAGAGUAAAAUAAUCUAAAGCAAAUGCCAAAUAAUUAUCAAGAAGUCACAACAAUUUCGAGCAGUAUUAUUCAUUUUUUAGCUACAAGAACUUCUUAAAAAUAAAAUUAGUUCUUUUUAGUUCAAUCAUUUUGGGUUAAUUAAAUAAUAAUAUGAAUAUUCGCUGAGAAAACUAAACAUGUGAUUCAUAAAUGUUUGCUACUUAGAAAUGUCGAUUGAAAAUCAAGAUUUAACAACUCAAGUAACAAACUCUAAAUUUACAACAUCUCAAUCAACAAACCUAGAUUAUAAAAUGAGUUCUAACAUCCCAAACAAUCAUAAAGAUACAAUAAUAUACUCUUGUGCUGGUGUUGGGAGCUUUAUUUUAGCUUUGAUUAUUAUUUUAUUUUGUUAUUGUAUUCUCAAAAGAAAGUUAAAUGAACGUAAUGUUGUUACCUCAAAUUUUAAAGACCAACAUUCUCCAGCUGCAGUAAAAAAUUUUAAUUUUGGAAAUGGUGCAUUCAUUAAUAAAGAUUCAAUUUGUUAUGAAAUAAGUAUCAAGGUUCUAACUCCGUGGAUUGAAGUUUACAGUAAACAUGAUUCUGAUGAGUUUCUUAACUUAAAACAUUCUAUUGAAACAUCGAUUGCAAAUCUUUAUGCCAAUUAUGAAGCAUUCAAAUAUGCAACACUGGUUUCAUUCAGAGAAGGAAGUGUUAUUGCUAAUAUUCAAUUAACCUUUGCAUCAUUUGCAAAAUAUCCUUUAAAGAUUGUGCAAGAGGCUGUUUGUUUCGGAAGGUUCUAUGAUUUAAAUGUUGAUAAAAGAUUUUUUCUAGAGCAUCAAGUAAACAGUUCUUCAGAAUUUCUUUUCAAUUCAAAAUUGUCUUCUGUUGAUGGAGAUAACAUGGGAUAUAAAAGCUCCUCCAGCCAAAGUUCAUUACAUGAUCAUUUAGAAUCUGGUUAUGGAAGUCAAACAUUUGAAACUUCAACCUUACCAAAGAAGCACAAUCUUGUUCAGAGUUACUCUGCUGAUUCAUUAAAGUCAAACACUUCAAUGAAGAAUUCUAUAACAUUGAAUACAAAUGUUACUAAGACUGAUAAAAGUCUUAAAGAUACUCUGAAAUCAUUAAACAGUCUUGUUAAAAAACAUAACAAUAAAAAAAUAGGUAUUCCCCAUGUUGGUUUGUUUAACUUUUUGCCACAAGAUGAUAAAGAUUUAGCUUUUAAACAAGGUGAAGUUAUUUAUGUUGAUUAUGUUGACAAUGGAGGCUGGGCAAAAGCUACUAAUCAAAAUGGACGAAAAGGUUGGAUUCCACAAAACUUUGUUGUUCCAAUUGAUUUAGAACAAUACGAGCACACGAAAAAAGCGGUUGAGUCAAUUUUGUACUUGGAUAGUGUGAUAGAUUCUAUUACCUCUCCUGAUGAUGAAGAUUCAUCUAAUCAAUUAACAGGAGAAGCUGAUAAAUAUUCAGAAGAUUUCACAAAAUCUGAUGACUCUAAUGAAAAUUUAGAUCCUCCAAGAUCAAGCCAUUUUAUUACAAUUUUCCCAUUUGAACCUUGUGAGCAGAAUGAACUCAAGUUAGAAGUUGGAGAUUUAGUUGAUGUGUUAAAAACUAGUGAGACUGGAUGGUGGAAAGGAAGAUGUUUACGUACAGAGUGUGAUGGCUGGUUUCCAUCAUCAUAUGUUCAGCCAUCCUAUUUGUCUAUAAGCAAUUCAUUUAAAAAUGAAAUUGCUGACGAUAGAGGAACAGUGUCCGAUAGUGAAAUUCAAAUGAUAGAUGCAAUUACAUUAAAAAGAAAAUAUCAAGUUACCAAUGGUUACAAUAGUGAUAAUGGUGACUAUAGCAAUAAGAUUAACGAGUUAAAGAACGAUUGUGCUGAUCCAUCAAAUGCUUUAAAAGACAGGGUAUUAUUUAAAACUGAACCUCCAUCGAAACCAGUUCCACCAAAACCGCGAAAAAGGCAUAUUCAAGACAAACUGAUUAAUAAUCCAAAUAUCGAAGAGAGAUCACAAUCAUGUAGCGAUGCAGACAAAAAGGAUUUUGAAGCUUUUUUCAAACAAUCGAAUAUUGACCAUAAAGAUAAAAAAACGAUUGCUUCAAAAAACGACAAUGGUUACCUGUCUCCAAUCGAUAAACUACGUCCUCGAUCAUUCCAAGAUACACCUCAAAACAAUUUUUUUAAACUUUCGAAUAGAUUUAACAAUAAUAUGAAACCGGCUUGGUCUCUUCCUUCUUUAAAUGUAGGUGAACAAGUAAAAUUAAGUCCUGACGAUGAUCGUCCAUUUCUUGAACCUAUUCCCAGAAAAAAUAAGCGAUAUUCUGUUCCAAAUGAUUCAUUGUAUAUUUCUCAACUAUCGUCGGAUGGAAAUAUAGCUUUAUCGACAGAAGUUUUGCAUUCUGAAGAAUCAAAAGACUCUAUUGAAUAUGAAUCUAUAGUUAACGAAAAUUCUUUUUCUACAAAUGUAGAUCUUCGAGAUUCGUCUCGUGAAGACAAUAAUUUUUUGUUAAAAAAUGAUAACACUCUAAAAAAAAUUCCACCUCUUUCUAAAAACUAUUUAGAAAACGAUAAACCAAUAGUUUACGAAGUUCUUUCACAAAAUAUCUCGGAUCAAAAAAUUGCCGGAAGUUCACCAUCUGAGGAUGAUAAUUUUAUCCAACGAGUUUAUAAUAAAGAAAUUGAUUCUAACAGACACUCACGUUUAAGGACUGGGCAUAAGCGGUUCUCUAAUUUAAAAAGUGCAAUAAUAGAGGAAUCUGAAUGUAUAUCACCAGAUGAAGACACUAAAAAAGAAUUUAGUGUUUCUUUAAAAAACAAUGAGGCGACAUUAAAAAAUUUAAAUAAACUAAGUACUCAAACUUCGAGUUUAAAUUCUGAUGGUAAAUUUUUAAAAGAACAAGACGAUCAAGUUGGUUCAAGUAAAUUAUUAUCGCAAGGUUUAAAGAACUCUUCAUCAACGCAAAGUUUAUCUUCUAUAGCUUCUUCAACUCGAUCUAAUCCUUCAACUAAGCUCGAACAAAUGAAUGUUAGACGAGCUAUUGCAAAUGUAGUCGCUAAUUCUGAACAUGAACUUACUUUCUCAGUAGGAGCUAUAUUAUAUGAACUAAGACCAAGAAAUAAAGAAGGUUUAUCAUAUGGCAUACUUGAGGACUCCAAUCAAGGUUGGUAUCCAUCGGAUGCUGUGGAGCCAUAUUUUAUUUUUUAACAAAACUUUUAUCUCUAUUUAUUCAAUUUUUUAAUUGUUUCUAGCUUUAUAGGACUUUAUAUGAAAAUACGCAAAGUUUUGGUUUGCCGA